AUGGGUUUGGCGGAAGGAAUUGCGCAAGCAAUUCGAGAAACCGAUUUGCCGCAGGAAAAUGUGGAACAGGUUGGUUAAUUUGUGCAUUUUCAGCCAAAAAUGUGCAAUUUUCAGCUCUCAACUGCAAUUUCCACGCUCACAAUUUCGCAAUCUGCCACAAUCUCCCAAAUCAAUACACCAAAAAUCGACAGAUUUUGUGAAUUUUGUCAAAACCACGGUCAUCCGUCGCAAAGUUGCCGAAUCUUUGCGACGCGUCAGUCGCGAAUUCGAAUUUUGGAGGCUCGCGGAGCAUGCAAAAAAUGUUGUUUGGUGCAUGAAGUUGGCCGCCGAAAAUGUGCGGAGAAUCGGCAAAAAUGCCGAAAAUGUCGAGGAAAACGACAACAUUUGAAGUGGUUGUGUCCGAAUUGGUGA